AUGAAAUUGAAUAUUUCUAACCCACUGAACAAUGUUCAGAAGAGCAUAGAAAUUGAUGAUGAAAAGAAAUUAUUACCAUUUAUGGAAAAGAGAAUAGGGAAUGUAGUACCAGGAGAUUCAAUAGGAGAAGAAUUUUUAGGAUAUAUUUUUCGAAUUACUGGAGGUAAUGAUAAGCAAGGUUUUCCAAUGAUGCAAGGAGUGUUGACAAAUAAUAGGGUAAGAUUAUUAUUUAAAAAAGGAAUGAAAUGUUAUAGACCUAGAAAAAAAGGAGAAAAAAAAAGAAAAUCUGUUAGAGGAUGUAUAGUAGGUCAGGAUUUAUCUGCUUUAAAUUUAACUCUAGUAAAAAAAGGAACAAAUGAAAUACCAGGUUUAACUGAUAAAGCAGUAGGUAAAAAAUUAGGUCCAAAAAGAGCAAGUAAAAUUAGAAAAUUGUUUAACUUAGAUAAGUCCGAUGAUGUGAAAAAAUAUGUUAUUGGUAGAGCUAUUUCUAAAAAUGGAAAAACUAGAUUUAUUAAACCCAAAAUUCAAAGACUAGUUACUGAGAAAAGAUUACUUAGGAAAAAAACUCUCUUAGCAGCUAAAGAAAGAAGAAGAGAAGAAAAAAAGAAAGCUAUUAGGGAGUAUAAGAGAGUAUUAAAAAAUUAUAGAAAUCAACUCCUUUUAAAAGGAGAAGAUGAGACAGGUAAAAAAAAAAAAGUAAAAAAAUCUAUUUCCAAAGAUAAUUUAAAAAAAAAAGAUAGCAAAGGAAAAGGGGGGGAAAAUAAAGCCAAAAAUGACAAGAUAAACAAAGAUAAAACAAAAACAGAUGGUGCUAAAAAGGAUGAUGGUAAAAAAAAAUCUCCCUCUACAACAAAUAAGGAAAAAUCCAACAAACAAACCAAAUCAGACAAUAAAGCUGUAAAAGCUGAAAAAAGUACUCUAGCAAAAAAUCAGAAAAAUCAGAAAGAGGAAGGUAAUAAAGCAGGAAAGAAAAAGAAAAAUUAA